CGAGCAAUCACAAGCAACUUAUAUUUUUGGUGUAUGUUUGCUUUGAUUCCGUGCAGUUUCUAUACUGCCGCUUAACAUAAUACUUCCAUGGCAUAAUUUUUUUACAAGAAAAUAUCUUUUUUUUCUAUGCAUAAAUUCAAAAUUAUUUUAGUGAUACUGAAUCAGCUCUAAGAAAUACAUUUAAUCAAGCAGAAUGGUGACGCCAUCUAUACAAAAAGUUAUGUGUUUUUUUAAUGAGUAAGUGAAACUAUUCAAAAAGGCUCCUUCUAAGAUAUUUAUAAAUAGAAAAAAAAUUAUAAAAGAAAUCACCAGUAGAAUUAUUAGGUACAUUAAAUAUGAUACGUUAACUAAAUGUACUGUACACAUACUAAACGGGUUAUUGUUGUUCGUUUCAUAGAGAACAAUACACUCAACAUUCGUGGACGGACUAUACAAGAAGACAGUAUUGAAAAGAAAAAGAAACGAUUGUGUUGUAUUAAAGUAGACUGAAAAGGCGAUAGGCAUAUAGACACUAUCACUUUAUUUUUUUUCGAUUUAACCACUGUUAUACGAAAAGAGUGUAGAAUGAAUCUUUUAUACUGAAGUAGAAGCCAUCUUGUUUAAGAUGUAGAAAGGUUUAUCAGGGUUAUGACCGGAAUAUUGUAUAUGGUCUUUCGUACCUCACCCUGGAAGCUCCAUAUCUAUAGGAAUAUCUGUCUGCUCUUCAUCUGUUGCUCUAAUUAUAAUAAAACUUUCCUGCUUUUCAUUUCUAGAUUGAACGUCAAGGGAUAAUGUAUCGCGGAAAAAAGACAGUACGACGUGGUGGUGGUAAUCCUCAAGUACGAGGUCAAAAUACAACAAAAACUAGACCAAUGACUCGACAACAAAGUGCGUUGUUAUGUGAAAAAGAUCAGACUAAAGAAAAUGAUGAAAAAUUUGCAUUAGUUGAGUUAUUAUUGGAUAAGAAACUAUUGGUUGUCAAUUACAAUGAUUUAAUUAACCUAAACAAACAAGGGAAAAUAAAAUUAGGUUCAAAUGUUUUAGUCAAAAUGAAUGAUGAAAAAUCAACUUCUGCAAUUUUGUUUUGUGUUGGUUCACAACAAGAAUGUUUGAACGAAUUAUAUAUUAUUAAAGAUCAACGUGAUAACAAAAUGAAUUCUGAUUAUGAUGAUAGUCUUGAUGAUACACCUUUAUUAACUACAACGAGAGUACCAAAACCAACACAAAAAGAAAUGGAUCAAAAUAAAAAAUCAAAUAUUCCUGAAGAAACAGAUUCUUGUAUUUCUUUUGAUAUUAAUCAAGAUGAAUCCAAUACUCACUCAUCACUUCAUACAUCACCAAAGAUCAAACCUUCUCUAACUCAUUUAAUGCCGAUAAACCAUAGUCAGGAUGUAACGGUAGCUGCUUCUUCAUUAACAUCAUCAAUUGACAUUACUGCUGCAGCAUCUGAACCUACGCCAUCAGUGA